UUGUGUCAAGAAGAAUCAUAAUCCACACGCAUUACACUGUGUUAAGAAUAUGUCACUGAAAAUGACCGAACUCACCCAUUUUUACAACAACAACAACAUCUUGUUGACAUCAAUUAUCGGACCAUACCCGAUCACCUCUUGGGAAUUCAAAGACCUAGGGCGCUUACGAUUGUACGGAAACACCGGUGUCUAACCUACACAAUAAUGUGACGUUAUUCGCCGUUAUUGUUAUGUAUUUGAUCCUUAUUCAACUUACCUGAUCUAGCCCCACCUGCAUCUGCGGUCAGCGGCCAAAGACUCCCUGUACCCGACCACGUUAUCUUUUUCUUUGUUGUUGCUGGUUAUGUAAUACCUUUCAGUCAGGUAAACAUUCUCAAACCGAUUCCAAAUUAUAGUCUGUUUCUCUUUCAAAAAAAAAAAACAAACAAAACAUCGCUAGAAUCAUUCAGAAUACAAUUAUCUUGUGUAACGUACAAAAGUAACAUCAACCUGAUGUGAUCUUUUUUCAUGAUUUAAUCUGAAACCACUCCAAGAUAAUAACAUACAAGCCAGAUCACACUAAGAAAAAUAAUUUUCUGUACCCUUAGCCACUAUCUCAGAAGCUACUUGCUUCAAAAAAGGCUGUUUUUUUUUUUAGUUAGAGCCGAUAUUGAGGUACACGCGUUCUGUGAGAAGCAAAACAUUUUUUUUUUAAUGGGGCAAAAUAAGGCGACACAUUUUCACAAGGCUAGGCACGAGAGCCUCACUUUCGUAUCAUCACUUUCCCAGCUAUCACAGGAGGCCAGUGCACACAAAAAGAGGAGAUUUGACAAAGUUUAACCCAAAUUUGUGGUUCCAGAAUGUGGAUCUAAAGUGAAAGUGCACUAUUAUACAUAUGCAGACUAUUGAUUUUUAAAUUUGACCAUGUUAUUUUUGUCACAAAUGUACACCCUAUAAUCGUAAGCGCCCCUAGACCGGAGACCAGAAACUGGAAAGCAGUUUUUGGCCUGAUUUGCCUGCUCACGUAAUAUGCUAUCAUCUUGUGAAAACAUGAUCAUGUGUAAGCAGGGGCCCACUUUGGGAGCGGUAGAUUCAGGGUCAGUCAUGGGUCUGGUCACACCAAAGACCUUAAAACUUCCUUGGUUGACAUAUAAUGGCUCGGGCGGGGUAGCUUACUUGCCUUUGGUAAGCCGUCUCAGUGAAGCAGCAGUAGUUAAAAGAGAAGUGGAAAUCCAUACUGCAACAAGAAGGCAUACUACAAGCACUCUAAGGACUCCUUUGUCAUCAUAUGAUUGAAAAAGUGUUAAUUACAAAGGGUCGUGCUGUGAAAGCAGCCCGGAAGCAACAGUUGGGCAAUCAAGAGGACCAUUAUAAGAGUGCUCCACAUUCAUUUGUCUUUCAUCGAGGUCAUGUUGGGAAAAACAUAAAAAUACUUGAAAUGGACAUACGCAAGUUGAUGGAGCCUUACACAGCCAGGCAUCUACAGGUGCGAAAGAAGAAUGUGCUGAAAGACUUUGUUAAUGUGGCUGGGGCUUUGAAUGUUUCACAUUUUGUGAUCUUGACAAAGACUGAGAUAUCCACUAAUAUGAAGAUAGCCAGGGCACCUAAAGGUCCCACAUUGACUUUUAAAGUGCAAUCUUUUUCUCUGGCCAAAGACAUCUUGUCGUCAUUGAAGAAACAGAGCAUGAAUCCUAUGAUAUUUAACCAUCCUCCUCUGCUAGUCAUGAACAACUUCAGCGGGGAGGGACUUCAUCUUAAGCUUAUGACCACCAUGUUCCAAAACAUGUUUCCAUCAAUCAGUGUGAACCAGGUGAAGUUAGACCAUAUCAAAAGAUGUAUCUUGCUAAACUAUGAGGCUGAGGAUAAGACUGUCACUAUGCGGCAUUACAUGAUCUCUAUCAAACCGGUGGGGUUGAGUCGCCCAGUAAAGAAGUUAAUCAAGGCCAAACUACCUGACCUUGGCAAAUUUGCAGAUGUGGAUGAGUACCUGAUGCAAGGAAAUGUUUCGGAGAGUGAAGGAGAGCAGGAUGGACCUGAUAAUGAGGUCACUCUGCCACAGUCCGUGUCGAGUCGUGGAAACCUCAAGUCUACACAGAGUGCAAUCAGACUAACAGAGGUUGGACCUCGGCUAACCCUAAAACUUGUAAAGAUUGAGGAAGGUAUGUGUGAGGGAGAAGUCAUGUUCCACGAGUUCAUUCAGAAAACUUCACAAGACAUGGCAAAUUUGAAGGCAAUGAGAGAAAAGAAAAGGAAUAUUAAGAUGUUAAGAAAACAGGAGCAGUCUGAAAAUGUAAGAAAGAAAGAGUUGGCAAAAGAAGAACACAAGAAGAAAAGUUUGUCCGGAAUGAAAGAUAGGAAGACAGAGACAGAUGAUGAUGGCUAUAAUUCUGAAGGAGCUCAGGAUACAGGUGAUGAUGAUGAUGAUUAUGAAUACUUCAGACAGGAAGUUGGCCAGGAACCUGACAAAGAUUUGCUUCUUUCUAGUGGGAACAAGCGCAAACAAAGAAUGGAGGUACGCGGUGGGAAGAAAAGAAGGAAAGACAAUACACCAAAUCAAGGAUCUCCAGAAAGAUCUGUCAAAAAGGCUAACCGAGGAGACAAAAAAUUUAACAAAGCAAACAAAAACAUCAAUAAAACAGACUUGAAAUUAAAAAAGUCUGACAAAAACUUCAACAAGUCUAGUAAAAGAGGCGGGUUAAUGAAAGGUAAAAGUACUGCGCCAAAACUGUCCAGGAAACAGCCCAAGACGAGACCAAGACAGAGGAGUGGAAAACGGCGGUGACUGGGCGGACAGUGAUCUGUGUGUUGAUGCGCUGUGAAUAUUCACCUGUCUGAGUAUCUGUCGUCUGUAUUCUGAGCGUCUGGUCCCGUCUGGUCAUGAUAAGGAGUCUAGGCUGACAGCAUCUGGAAAACUUGAGAAGCAGAAAUCAAUGUGGUGUGAACAGGUUCGGGUGAUAAGCACAUAUGCGGUCCAGGUACUGGUUUGUGAGGACAUAGCACUGACGUCCAUCGAAUAUGAUUACAUUCUGGUUAAACCAUAAGGUUCAGUUCCAAGCCAUUGAGAUCAUAAUGAAAGGACAUCAGAAAUGCUACGCAGAAUUGAUUGUCAUGUUUCAACUCGUCCGUGACUGAGCACUACCAUAUCAUGUAUGCAGUCUUAAUAUUGAAAAUUCAUUGAGUCAGCACUAUACAUGAACAUGUAGUCUUGUGGUACCCUGACAUCAUGUAUGUGGGGAAAUUUAGAGGAUUUUGUUACUGGUGCCAUUACAGGGCUUCAAAUCCUGAAGGAUCACAUAGUACUGGCAUAUAAAUAACAUAUUUGUAACUCAUUUGGAAUGCUCAGCUUUUCUCCAACUAUUAUUAGGCGAGAAACCUUAAAGGGACACAAAAGGCAGUGUAAUUUAAUAGACUUAAAAGAAAUGGUUGUAUGAUCUUGUUUGUGAAAAAUUGCAGAAAUGUUACCACACAGUAAUAAUUUUGCUUUACCGAUUUCCAGUAAAUGUAAAUUUGAUCUGAUCUAUUUAGUUAUCAUCUGUUCAUAUCUUCAUAUGCUUUUGCAGGCCGGAUGCCUAUGUGUGUGUGUACGUGUUCCUUUUUUUUUAAUUGAAAUCAUUUAUUUUUCUGGAUGCUCCAGCUUUGUGAGAUAUUCAGUAAUGGUAAUGCGAAAGAUCCCUCUUGGUCCUGAUGGUGGCCCAUCAAAUGGCUGCUGUCCAUAAAAUGACAAAAUCAGAGCAAGCCUUAUUUGGUUCCGACAAUUGUUCCCCUCUUGUCAUCAUUCGGUGAAGAGAAAUGGCCUAUAA